GCGUCAGCCGUCGUCCGUUCCUGUGUUUGAGCACGGCUUGGUAGAAACCGUUGGCGCGGACCAAGAAGAGAAGGGGGGGAAAAAAAAGUUUCUACGGCGUUCGAUAGGCGACCAACGGACCCGACGCUUCUUACCACCCUGCCAGAUUCAACUCAGCGAUGUUAGACGUCGAGCGACGGCACCGUUCGCGUGGAGAAGCGCGAGCACAACAGUCGAUAUCGGACAGUUAGGCUUACCUGGGGUUCAGAAGCCAGGUGUGUCGGAUGUGUUAUUUCUUGUGCGUGCGUGCGGUGCGUGCCUUCGACAACGACGCUGCCACCGGGUGACAGACACGACCAAGUGAUUCUCGACGAAUAGCCUACACACGAGGAGAAUGUCGCCUUCAAACGACGAGAGAUUACGGGAUGUGCGCCGUCUUCGCGAGCGUACCGUAGUCUAGAAGAUGAAACGCCGGCGGCUCGCCGUGCUCCUUUCGUACGGGUGAAGUGGCAGCGUCUACAGCGAGUGUUCCAUUGUGGUGCUUUCUUUUUUCUUUUUUUACAUAUUGUGGGGGCCGGAGGGCCCCCCCUUUGGUGUGUUUGCGUUCCUGGAUCUCCGUGCCUUUUGGAUAACUCGGCAACCGGUCAUGAAAGUGACAGUGAAUUUCGGCAACGUCCGUGUGAUCGUUCCGUGCGGGAACGGUGACAUCCUCGUGCGGGAUCUCGUCGAUUUGGCCAUUACGAGGUACAAAAAGGCGUCCGGAAAGGCUCAAGACACGUGGGUGACUGUACAUAAUGUGAAAAGCUACAGCGACGGAGGAAUCUUGGACCCUGACGACCAACUCAAUGAUGUGGUGGACGACAGGGAACAGAUUAUUGCUGUGUUUGAGGAGCAGUCGUCUCCCUGCCCGACCCACAAUGCGGGCGAUGGCACGAGUGCCAGCUCGGUGGGCACAGAGAGCCCCGACAUGUUCCAUUGCAACGAGCUGCACCACAAUGGGAUGGGCAAGAGCACCUCGAGCUACGUCGACGUCGAGAUCACGGGGGACAAGCUGCCUCUGGGCGUGGCCCCCCUUCAGGUGCGAAGGGGCAGCGAGCCAACGCUGAACCGCCUAUCGCCCCGCCUGUCGCCCGUCUCUUCGGAACCCGACCCGACCAAACGGUGGUCGGCCGCAGUUGUUGUCGAUGACGUCUCCCUCUCCCGAGGGAUCAAGGAGAAUGGGAGCCACUCAGAUGGGGAGCACCCGUCUUCUCCGGGAGAGCGUGGUGACGGCAGUGGAGAGGAGAAGUCUGCACUCUCACGGAUAUCCAGGGGCUCGGGACGGCUCUCCAUCCUCGGCAACAACCCUACCAUGCUCCGCUGGGCGGAAGCAGCCGACCGACAGCUCUACAAGUUCCAGGACAGCAGAAAAGACCCCCUGGGCAGUGCCGGCUCCUCUCCAGACAGGGACAGUGAGGUUUCGGGAGGCAGCGAUGAAAGGGAUAAUGUGGUUGUGUUGAAGAAUGAGGCAGGCCCUCUGGGGAUUCAUGUUGUCCCCGAACAAGGAACGGGGGGAAGGGACAUGGGUUUGGUAAUCCAAGGCAUUGAACCUGGCGGCCGCAUUGACAGGGAUGGCCGACUUCAGGUUGGCGACACCAUUGUCGAAGUCAACGGCCGCAGCUUGCUCCACCUCAGUUUCCAAGAUGCUCAGCAGGUGUUCAAAGAGGCACUCAGGGCUCCGGAGGUGUGCCUGCACCUCUCGCGGCGAAGACGGCCACGGCUGGCGUCCCCCUCCGGGCCCUGUCCGUCCCCUCCUCCUCCCCUCCCCACGUCCCCCCCUCCCCUCCCACCGGGAGGAAGGCUGGGAGGGUCUCCCAUCCCCUGCCGGAGCCCGCCCAGGAGGCCACCCCCGCCGGCGUGCCGGAAGACGGCAGAAGCCGACGGGAUGCACAACGGCACCGUGGCCUCCACAAACGGGCUCGUGGAGGGAGAAGAAAGAGCGGGGCUGAACAGCAAGGUGGCCACGGUGACGCCCACCAAGAAGCUUCCCCCUCCCCCGCCUGCCCCGCCUCCCCCUCCUCCCCCGGCGGCCACUCCAAACGGCCGGGCGGCCGCGUCCACUUGCCUGAGCGUGGCCAACACGCGCAAGAUGGGGCGCAAGGUGCACAUGAAGCUGGUCAAGGGCCCCCAGGGGCUGGGCUUCAGCGUCACCACGAGAGACAACCCGGCCGGAGGGAACUGCCCCAUCUACAUCAAGAACAUCUUGCCCAAGGGGGCGGCCAUCGACGACGGACGGCUCAGGCCGGGUGACCGGCUCCUGGAGGUGAACGGGAUCGAGAUGACGGGCAGGACGCAGACGGAAGCAGUGGCCAUCUUGCGGAAUGCCCCGCCCGGCAGCACGGUGGAGCUGGUAGUCUCUAGACAGGAGCCCGAUCCUUCUCCCAGUCCCGGUCUACCCAGGGAACUGCCCCCCGAAAAGGCGGGGGACGAGGUAGGCAUCUUCCCCUGGCGCCAAAAGGAGAUAGUGACGCUAGACAUUCCUCUCAACGACACGGGCUCUGCUGGCCUCGGGGUCAGCGUUAAAGGCAAGACGUCCACGGGUCCCAGCGGACCCGUCGACCUCGGCAUCUUCGUCAAGUCCGUCAUCCACGGGGGUGCUGCCUCAAAGGACGGGCGCUUACGGACCAACGACCAGCUGCUGAACAUCAACGGCACCUCACUGCUGGGCGUGACCAACAGCCAUGCCAUGGAGACCCUGCGCAGGGCCAUGACUCAGGGAGAAGGCCCCAACCCCAACGCCAUCACGCUCACCGUGGCUCGCCGCGUUCCCUCCCAGGACGUCGCCGAGAAUCUCAGGUUCGAAGAGGGCUUCCUGUCGAGCGGAGACUCCUUCUCGGUGCACCUCCGUUCGGACUCCUUACUCAGCUCGGACUCCAACGCCGCCUCCUCGUCAUGCGAGAACCUCUCCGUGUCCGGCGGUAGCGGCAAUGGGCGCACCCCCGACCACUCCACCAGCGGGAACUCCGAGAACACUGUCGUCUAUCUUCCGUCGAAGCAGCAGCAGCAGCAGUUUCCGAUACAGACGCACGACUAUGGCUACGGCAGGAACCCCGUGCUGGACCGGUUGAUGGGCCAGGGUCCGGGCACCCUCCCUGGCAGCCUACGCAACGAGUCGUACCUGCGUGCCAGCCACGAGAGCUGGAUGGCGGACCGGCAGACGGGGCGCCACCAUGCGGCCGGCCCGCACCCGAGACCAGCCCCACUUUCUCCCAACGUGACACGGGGCUCGGGAGAGGCCGUCCACAUCGACGACGACUACCCGUCCAUCGCGAGGGUGGGCGGGGAUGCGGCGCCUCCCAUGACACCCGUCCAGGAGGAAGAGCCGCAGCUGAUGCGUCUGCUUCAGGAGAGCAACGACCUCAAUCAGAGCGAGCUGUCGCUUGUGGAUGGAGGCAACUUCUGCCGGGACGGCUUCGGGCGGCAGAGCAUCUCGGAGAAGCGCCACGCCCAUCUGGAUGCUCGCAACACGGACACUUACAAACGCAACAAGAAGUCUCGCGAGGAACAGGAGAAGGUCACAUCGUUUACUCGGCCAGAGCAGCAGCAGACUGAGGUCAAGACGUCCGUAUCGCCUCCUACGCUCAACGGAGGCCCUCAUCAUUAUGAUGCACCACCCAACAAUAGGAGACCCAAUGCAUUAAAUGGGAAAGAGCAGCAGAGCAGCAAUCUCGUCCGGUCCAAUUCUGCGGACUCUCUCCUUGGUCAUUCCAGGCCACAGGGGCCGACAGAAUCCGGUUAUCUAGUCAAAUGUCAGCAAGUGAGCAAGGUGCAUAGGAAUCCCUUGUUCUUCUAUCCAACUUGCUGCUUCAUGAUGAAUGGCGACUCUCCGAGCACCGACGCCAGCUGCGCCACGUACAACACGACGGUGACCAAGAGCAACAACAGCAGCGGCAACAACACGGGCAACGGCACCACCCAGCUGGGGCCCUCGCUCGGCAUGCGCAAGUCGAGCAGCCUUGAGAGCCUCCAGACGCUAGUGCAGGGGGCCGGCGACGGGCCCGGCAGCGGCGGCAACGGCGGAAGGCAGGAGAGGGGAGCCAGGGGUUGCAACGAGAGCUUCCGUGCCGCCGUCGACCGUUCCUACGAGGGUCCGCCAACAGCUCCGCCGACCGCGGAUCAGAUGGAGACCCUGGAGGAAGAGAAAGAGAGCGAGACGGGAAGUUCGGCGAGCGCAGAGCAUCGGGUGCCGAGUCACCCCAACGCCGUGGCGUCCACGCUCGACCCCCAGGAAGUGGGUGCCUACAAGAAGGGUACUGCAAAACCGGUUCAGAGGAAGAAGGGGCUGCUCAAGGGACUCGGUAGCGUCUUCAGUCGGUUUGGCAAGAACCGCAAGACAAUCCCCGAGCCUGGAUCCAAACUGUCUCGCGAGGAGAUGGAGCAAGAGGCAGAGCGUCUUCGGGCAAGGCAGGCAGCACGGGAGGAGCAGGAGAGGAUACAGGAGCAGUACCGAAAGCUCGUCGAACAGCAACACCAGCAGCAGCAGCAGCAUCAGCAGCAACAGCCACAUCAAUUCCAGCACCCGCAGCAGCAGCAGCACCAGCGUUCCCAGCCGCUGCCCCCGCUGCCGGUGUCCCCCCCGCCGUGCGGCCCCAACGGGACCCCGUCCACUCGGCAGGAACGCAUGCAGCAGCUGCGUGCCCAGCAUCAGAAGCGGCACGUGGAGAGGCAGGGCCACUAUCCGCGGGACGACCUCGAGGAGUGGUACGAGCAGGACCUCCAGCACAAGAUGCGCUCCCCGCUGCCCCCGCAAUGCCGGCCUCUGCCGCCUGUGCCUCACGCCUUGCCGCCCGCCUAUGGCACGUACGGCUAUUGUCAGAGGGUCAUCCCUAAGGUGUACAGUCCGCAGAGAAACGGUUCAUUCGGUCGGUCGUUUAGUCUGAGAACACCUCGGGGUCUCCAGAGAAGAGAAAGUGAUGUCGUCCACUCCAGGUCACAAAGCUUCGACAUAUUCAAGGAGAUGGAAAGACCGGGCAGCCGCGUGGGACUGGCGGACCCGACGCAGUACAGCCACUACGUCAACUUCAACGAGAUUCAGCUGCACUUGCGCCAGUUCCAACAGAAGCAGCAACAGCAGCAGAAACAGGGGCCGCGUCCGCCCCCUCCGCCGAUGCCGAGUCGACCGCGACCCGAGCGCCCGUCUUCCAACUACUUCGAGUACGAGAGCAUCCAGGCGCAACUGCCCAAGCAGCACAAGGAGAAGAACGGCACGGGGGGCGGCGGAGGAACCGACUCCAGCUCGUUACCCCGCCACGCCCACAUCGCGGGACAUCGGAUGGUCUACGCAAAGACGGUUGCGACCACGCUGCCGCACGGCGCAAGCAUCUCCGGCAAUGCAAACUCCGUCGGCACCCUGAUCAAGACGGUGCCCACGGCGGCGCCGAGAGCGCACCCGCAGACGGUGCCCGGUUACCGACAUUCCCCGAACAAUCUGUCACAGGGCUACUCCGUGGCACCACGGCGAGACCACCACCAGAUGCCUGGCUCCAAAGUGUGAGGGAGGGCGGGCCGCACAAACGAAUUGCCAUAGUUUCUCGUGGGUGGUCUUGCGACGAUGGGACCAUUGUGACGAACGAUGAAGGUGGGGUGGGAAUUGAACUGCUGCGGGACGUUUGACGUUGGCGUCACAUGCCUCAACCUAGUUUCUUCUCGUCCAUUGUGUGUGUUCCUCGCGUUCCCUUUUCGUGUCAUUCUUUUUCAGCCGUCCACGUAUUUGCGGAGUGUGCCAUUAUCGUACGAAGCAAGGGUCUUCUUGACUGGUUGAGGAAGCCGUGGGCAUGUUUCCCUGAUGGGGAAGGGCUCAUGCUUUCGACUAACGACAAGAGAACAAAAAGUAUACAAUGGGGGUGAAAAAAAAAAGGUGAGGGACGUUGCCUCCAAGGAAUGAGAUUGGUCGUAAUUUAAGUUUGUGUAUUUUAAGAGAGCUUACUGCGCGAGACAAGCCUGCCUUUUCCCAUCACGCGAUUGCGUUGUGUAUUUACAUAUCGAGUGUUUUGCGGCGGAAGCACCACUUCUAUAACCUCCAGCAAACUUCGUUUUACUCUGCGAGUGAAGUGUGCAGCUUUUUCCGCGUAGUGCCUUGUACAUACAAGUUUUUUUUGCGAGUGUUUCUUUCUUGGAUGCACGCCUUGGUACCCGCGUCUGUAAUCGUGAUGCAAGAAGUACUCCUGUGCCCUUUUUACAAGGGUGUGGAAGGAUUCCAUUUUUUUUUUUUUCUACCAUGUAAAAUUUUUGAACUUGAGUUUAGAAAAACAAAGAUUUUUUUUUCUAAAAGAAUCUCGGAGUGCAAGUCUCAUUUCAUUGCUUUUGCCGUCCAUCCCCAAUUGACAUUAAAAAAAAGGAGAUGUUGUUUGCCUUAAUUUAUAGAAGUGCUUAUUUUUGCAUACCGAAGUGCUUCGUGUGACAUUGACUCUGGUCACCUUCCUUUUUACCGAUUAGGUGUGUAACCAUUCUGGGUGCUGAUGAACCAAUUUGAUAUUGCGUUUGUUAAGUCAAUGCCUGCCUUUUCUUUAAGCAUAUAUUUUGUUUGCAAA